AUGCAAGGUGCCGGGCGUCGUGUUCUCAUCACUGGAGGUGCUAGCGGUUUCGGCUUGGCUAUCGCGCGGACGCUGCUUGACCAGCAGGCACGCGUAGCAAUCGGCGACAUUGAUUCCGAGCGGUUGGAAGAAGCCGUCCGAAACUUGGAUAACGCCGACGACGUACUGCCCUUAAAACUCGAUGUUACCUCACCCGUUUCAGUAAAGGCAGCGGUGGCGGCUUGCCAAGAAACUUUCGGCGGACUGGAUACGCUGAUCAACUCCGCGGGUGUCAUCCACUUCGCACCACUGGCAGAAAUUCGUGAGGCGGACUGGGACCGCGUGGUGGAUGUAGAUCUGAAGGGCCCCUUUUUGUGCAGCCAAGCAGCCGCGCCGUUGUUGUGUGAAAGUGGGCGGCGUGGGCGUAUCGUCAACAUCGGUUCCGAUGCGGCAAAAGUUGGAUGUCCGAUGAUCCUCUCCUACUGUGCAGCCAAGUUCGGCGUCGUCGGUCUGACCAAGGCGUUGGCUGCCGAGUUGGCACCUUACGAGGUGACUGUCAACUGCGUCUGUCCGGUAGGUGUUUCGACGACCGGCAUGGGGCACACAGUUCUCGACUGGAAAAUUGGCGCGACAGGUCAGAAGACCGAUGAAAUCCUCGCAGAAACCGCAGCAGGCAUUCCACUCAAGCGCAAUGCCACCGUGGCGGAUGUGGUUAACGCUGUUAUGUUCUUUUUAUCCGAUGCGUCAGCCUUUUUAACAGGCGUUGCCCUUGAUAUUGAUGGAGGGUUGCUCAGUACCAUGCCGAUACCGGGGGCUAAGGAAUAG